AUGACCACCACGGCAGCAACUGCUGAUACCCCCGACUAUUGUGUUGCUGAUUUCUCGUUGGUACCGCCCCAGAUCGGAUCCUCCACCAGCUCAUACGCCCAUGAACUCGCAGGCGUCCACCGCUUAGUCCGAGAAUCAGGUCUCAAGAACCAAAUGCAUCCAACAGGGACACGGAUCGGUAAGACAGCAUAG